AGAUGUCGUUUCAAUGCAUUCUCGAAAAGAAAACCUGUCAGAACAACUCGGGCCCCGUAGGGCCUAUCCCUCUCGCAUUUGCCCAGUGCUCACGUAUCACCUCAAAGUCCGAGCUCGAACGCUCCCUCAAGAAAACAUGUGCGAGUCCUCCAAUCUCGAACUGAACUAAAUCUCCGAGCCACUUCCUUGUCUGCCAAGACACAGAGCUCCCUUGUACGCCGACCACACUCAAGUCUACAAGAACUUUGUCGCGUUCAGUGCGCUCAAACUCCCGGUGAGAUCGCCAUCAUCUAUCUCGUGAUAUCUCAGUGCAUGUAGUCUUUGCAGUUGUCCCGAUCCACGAUGGCGUGGAGGUGAAUGUACGUAGUACGGUCUCCUCUCCAACACCAACAACAGAACCAACAGUACCACCACCACCCUCCACAUAUACCCAAACCCAUGUGUGUGUAUGGUUGGUCGAUGGUUUGACCAAGUUCUUGUGAGUGGUUUCAAGGUUCAACCCAGCUCAAUUUGGAUUAUUCGAGUGAGGAACUUGCUCGAGUCUUGGGAGUGUUGAUGCGAAUGGUGAACGGUGCCACCAAAGAACAAAAAUAACCAAUCAACCCCCUCUGGGUGGGCUAAUAAGGUUGCCAUAAUUGUGAGCAUUACAACCAUGUGAAUUGUCUACAAGUGAAGGUUCUCAUGACCUGGAUUUCCUCCCAGAGAUUCGUUUCCUCACGCACUAUCGGGUGGUUGCGAUUGUUCGUCUUGAUUUCGGCUAUUCGCUCUUUGUUCUGUGAUACACAUUAGGGCCCGUUUUCAGGCCUACCCUGUGUAGGUUGACAUGACUGAGCGGCGACGGCCGGACCCAUUAGAAUUCCUUGGUCUUGUUGAAAGAGAUGUAAAGAUCUCUCAAGUGAACGGUCAGAAUGGAAUUGAAGGUAGCUUUUGUUGCCUCCAUUGGAAGUGGGAGUAAAGCUUAAGUAGUGCUUGAACCAGUGCAGUGAACAACUCUUGAGGGAGGCCCUCAAAUCUGGACAACUGUGGGUGGAUUAUUUGAUAGUUGGUCGUGAGUAAGAAGAACAAACAACCAGCGUCCUCACAAUGAGUUUGAGAACAUUGAAGUUCGGGGACCGAACCAUCAGUUACGACACCGGACUCAACAGUCUCCCUCCCAAUUUGGGAAUGUCAUCAAAUCAUGAAGAUGCGAGAGUGGAAUCCAGGCCGACCAAGUUGAUGGUCGAUCAAGAUGAUGGCAUUGGCAGUUCGGACGACGAUACUAUAAGCACAGCUUCCUCUAAACCGGAGGACAUCUCCGAGCCCGAGGGGGCCGAGAGGGGUGAGAGGGCCACGCCCGCCAAUGGCGAUGGAGACGCCCUGACUCCGUUUGAGAGUGAUUCUAGUCCGAAUUUGAGUGAUAUCAACCGCAAGAAAGUGAUCAGACCCGAUCAGAACGCGAUUAAUCGUCUCCUGGCCUUUGAUGAGGAGGAAGAAGAUGACUUCGAGGACGAGUCUUCUGAAAGUGACGAUGGCGACGACGCGGAAAUUGAGAGGUCGCCCAAGAUCAACACCAGCAAGAAAGGAUGGCACAAAGCGAUUGUCAAGGACCUGGCCAAUUUGAGCACCUCAUCUUCGGGCAAAUCCAAUUUGCAGAGAAGGCAUUCCAUCACUAUUUGCGAGUCAAGAUCUGGUCGGUCCCGGAAGUGUUCCUCGGUGUCAUCCGGAUCAUCCAGCGGGGGCUCGAACCAGUCCACCCAGCCCAAUACGCCUCAAAACCAGUCGCCUCGACACAGUCGAGUCAAUCCGCCGGAAUCCAAUGGAUACACCUUGAAUGUGGCCGAGAUGCACGCAAAUCUCCAUGACGAGUUCAAUCAAUCUGAGGGGCCCCGAAAAAAUGAGGGUUUUGAGACACUGAACUUGCGUUUGGAUGAAGUGGCUCAUAUCAGAUCAGUUCUGACCAAGGCUGAAUUGGAGGCCUUGCCGAUUGAUGGCAAUGUCCGAGAAAGCGUCGAGAUGGGCAAAGUGUGCUUCUUGUGUAUGAAAACACGCUUCGGAUUGUUCUGCCGUGGAAAUAAAUGUGAGAUGUGCAAACAACUCGUUUGCCAAAAGUGCCAUUCAAAAAUGAAAAUCCCAUUGGAGCAUUUCAGUAACACGCCCGUUUUCACGCUCAGUCCCGUCAGCACUCAUGGCUCAGAAAAGCAUCCCCAUAGUCUCUCUCCAAAGAACAGCAGCUUGUCCCCUGGAGGAGGUGGAUCCAUUUCGCAUUUGAAGGAUAAGAAGUUGUCCCUUCCGGAUUCUUUGGGCAUUUUGGCGGGUAACUCCGUGGGCAGUGCGCCUAAUUCCCCGGACCGAAGUCGACGUGGUCAAGGAUCAUUCACCUCCCAGACCCAACCCAUGUCUUUGAUGGGUCCCACAAUUUCUAGUGUUUCCGCCACAAUUGGAUUGGAACCUACCGAUCAUCUUGGACCGAUUAGUCUACCACCCAAUCAACACGCAUCUUUGAGUCCAUACGCGACUUUGCCCAAAAAGAGUCGAAGGAUGAGUUGGAUGAGUCCACGAGACUUAGAGCGAGAGAAAUUGGAAGGAUCCCUUUUGACUGUUUGCACAGAUUGCAAGGACAUGGUGCUUCAGGUGAUUCGCUCAUCAAGGACAACUCGACGCAUGCAAAUGGUUCGAGCCAUGUUCACCCAUUCCAUUUCGUCUCCCGAAGAGCUCAGAGAACACCGAUUAUAAGCAACCAAAUUUUAAUCCAGCUAAACCAUGAAUGACCGAGAAGAUACCCUCAUUGUUUGCCUAUAUGUGAUUGCGACGACGUGAAUGAGAGAUGCCCAAACCAUUCAAAAUCAAUAAAGAGCAAAUCAUAAUUUGUUA